UGCAGUGCCCGGCGAGCAGGUGGGGCAGCGUCCUUCCUUCCCCGCACUGCGGCCGGAGAGUGUCAAGCAGCCGGGUGCGGGUGAGAGGCGACCGAGGGAGGGCCCGUGUCCCUUCUGCUCUGCCAGGCUGUGCCUUGUCUGCUCUGGGAAACCAGCAUUUCCUUUUCCCCGCUCAUCACACACAGUAAGGAGUCUGAAGUAAAGAAGAAAGCAGGAUGUCUUCAGUAUCAUCUGAAUACAUAAUUGGUGGGGUGAAGAUUAACUUUCCUUGUAAAGCUUACCCAUCACAGCUUGCUAUGAUGAAUUCUAUUGUCAGAGGACUAAACAGUAGGCAACAUUGUUUGUUGGAGAGCCCCACAGGAAGUGGAAAAAGCUUAGCUUUGCUUUGUUCUGCCCUAGCGUGGCAGCAAGCUUUUGGUGAGAGGCCAGUGGAUGAGGCCUCGAGUAGAAAGGCUGAAGUGACGUCAUCAUGUUGUUGCACAUGCCAUACAAUGAAUUUUACACACAGUGACACGAGCCAAGAAACCUCACCUCAUUUCGGCUAUCCAAGCACCCCACCUUCUGAAAGAAAUGAGACUUCAUCAACUUGUCAAGACUCUCCUGAAAAAAGCACCCUGGCUGCAAGGUUAUCUGCCAAGAAACAGGCAUUCAUGCGCCAAGAUGAAAAUGAUGAUUUCCAAGUAGAGAAGAAAAGAAUUCGACCCCUAGAAACUGCGCAGCAGAUUAGGAAACGUCAUUGUUUUGAGAAGGAUGCCCACCGUUUGGAUGCACAAGGAGCUUCAGGACAGACUGUACAACCCAACUCUCCCUUAGGAAAGACAAACUCUUUUUCUCCACAAAAGCCCCCUGGCCACUGCUGUAGGUGCUCUUGUUCCACUAAACAAGGACACAGUCACGAGUCCUCAAAUACCGUUAAGAAGGACCAGGAGGGGAAAUCCAAGAGACCCAAAAUAUAUUUUGGGACGCGCACACACAAGCAGAUCGCUCAGAUUACUAGAGAGCUUCGGAAGACAGCGUACGCAGGCGUCCCAAUGACUAUUUUGUCCAGCAGGGAUCAUACCUGUGUCCAUCCCGAAGUCGUUGGUAACUUCAACAGAAAUGAAAAGUGCAUGGAAUUGCUGGAUGGAAAAGAUGGAAAAUCCUGCUAUCUGUACCAUGGAGUUCAUAAAAUUGGUAAUCAGCAAACCUUACAGACUCUUGGAGGGAUGUGCAAAGCCUGGGACAUAGAAGAGCUUGUCAGCCUAGGUAAAAAACUGAAGGCAUGUCCAUAUUACACGGCUCGAGAACUAAUAGAAGAUGCCGACAUAGUAUUUUGUCCUUACAACUACCUUCUAGAUGCACAAAUAAGGGAAAGUAUGGAUAUAAAUCUGAAAGAACAGGUUGUUAUUUUAGAUGAAGCUCAUAAUAUUGAAGACUGUGCUCGGGAGUCAGCAAGUUACAGUGUGACAGAAGUUCAGCUUCGUUUUGCUCGAGAUGAACUGGACAGUUUGGUCAACAGUAACAUAAGGAAGCCACACCAUGAACCCCUACGAGCCAUGUGCUAUAGCUUCAUUAAUUGGCUAGUCGCAAACUCUGAGCAUCUUGUAGAAAGGGACUAUGAAUCUUCUUGUAAAAUAUGGAGUGGAAGUGAAAUGCUCUUAAAUUUACAUAAAAUGGGCAUCACUACUGCUACUUUUUCCAUUUUGCAGGGACAUUUUUCUACAGUUCUUCAAAAAGAAGAAAAAGUUUCAAUUUACGGGAAAGAGGAGGCUAUCGAAGUACCUAUUCUGAGCGGUUCAACUCAAAUCAUGCUCAAAGGACUCUUUAUGGUGCUUGACUAUCUUUUUAGGGAAAACAGCCGAUUUGCAGAUGAUUAUAAAAUUGCUAUUCAACAGACAUACUCUUGGACAAAUCAUAUUGCUACUUCGGAUAAAAGUGGGACUUUGGCUGUCCUACCAAAAAAUAAGAAACGUUCGCGACAGAAAAUUGCAGUUCACGUGUUAAACUUUUGGUGUUUAAAUCCAGCUGUGGCCUUUUCAGAUAUUAAUAACAAAGUACGGACCAUUGUUUUGACAUCUGGCACAUUGUCACCUAUGAAAUCUUUUUCAUCAGAACUUGGUGUUACAUUUACUAUCCAACUGGAGGCUAAUCAUGUCAUCAGUAACUCACAGGUUUGGGUUGGUACUAUUGGUUCAGGCCCUAAAGGUCGGAAUCUUUGUGCUACCUUCCAGCAUACUGAGACAUUUGAGUUCCAGGAUGAAGUGGGAAUGCUUUUGUUAUCUGUGUGCCAAACUGUGGGCCAAGGAAUUUUGUGUUUUUUGCCAUCUUACAAGUUAUUAGAGAAAUUAAGAGAGCGUUGGCUUUACACUGGCUUGUGGAAUAAUUUGGAGUCAGUGAAGACUGUCAUCGUAGAGCCACAAGGAGGAGAAAAGACUGAUUUUGAUGAGUUAUUGCAGACAUACUAUGACGCUAUCAAGUACAAAGGAGAGAAAGAUGGAGCCCUUCUCAUCGCAGUGUGUCGUGGCAAAGUGAGCGAGGGUCUGGAUUUUGCAGAUGACAAUGCGCGUGCUGUCAUUACAAUAGGAAUUCCUUUUCCAAAUGUGAAAGACCUGCAGGUUGAACUAAAACGACAAUACAAUGACCGCUACUCAAAAUUAAGAGGCCUUUUGCCGGGCCGCCAGUGGUACGAAAUUCAAGCAUACAGGGCCUUAAACCAGGCCCUAGGAAGGUGCAUUCGGCACAAGAAUGACUGGGGAGCUCUUAUACUAGUGGACGAUCGCUUCAAUAAUAACCCAAAUCGCUAUAUAUCUGGGCUCUCUAAGUGGGUGAGACAGCAGAUUCGGCAUCAUGCGACGUUCGCAAGUGCACUGGAGUCCUUGACUGAGUUUUCUAAAACACACCAAAAAACCACUGACGUACCCAAAAAGGAGAAAAAGUGUAUGGAGGACAGUGAGUCUGCUCUUGAAGCAACCUGUUUAGAAGACAGUGCUCCUCCAUGCUUAUUGGAAACAGCAAGUUGUCUGUCAGCAGAAAAGCCCAGGGAAGAGCAAGCGGCAGAACUGUGUGACCAGGAGCUACAGAGUCCUAAAAUGAUUACUAAAGGUCCAUCACUACUGAGUGAAGUCACUUCUAGCAAGGAAAAAAAUGAUCCAGUGUUACUGGAAGAGCCAGUCCAGGCAAUGAAAACAGAGAAAAUUGGGAUUUCCAGAUCCUUAAGCCCAACUUUUGAAAAACAAACUCUGGUUAGCAGGUCUGGCUUUAAUUUUUGGGGACAGUAUCGUACUGGUAGAACACAGACUAUCACACCUAAGCAGAAGUCAGCAGAGAGGCGCGCUUCUAGUUUUUCCAUUUUCCAAGCAGAAAAAACGGUAAAUGAAACUGUCUCUCCGCUCGCUGGCAAAUGCAAGUCCUGGGAUCUAACAGUCAACGGACGAUGGGCUGGGCCGCCGCGCGCCGGGUCCACAAGCGCAGGUGCAUCAGAAAAGGAUGCUGCUCGCCCUGCGCAGGCGGGUCCUGCCCCGCAGCCGCCCUGCCGCCGGAACGCCCAAGUCCCCGAGGUCGAGGCCUCUCUCAUACGCAACGGGGACGAAUGUUCCAGGGCAGAUCUUAAAGCUACUGAAACAGAGGCAGAGGAUGACUCUGUAUAUUUCACCCCCGAACUUUUUGAUCCUGUAGAUACGGGUGAAGGAAGCAGUGACCCGGUUGGAACGGAUAGAUCCAGCCAUAACUCGGGCUGCGUUUCGGACGAAGACCUCUUUGAAAGUGGACCUGCGAAUGGAGUGGGUUCAGCCCGCACGGGAAGCUGAGCAGAGACAGGCGCGUUGACGAUGAUAAAGUUGAUGGCAGUGACGAUAAUAAACAGGGGCUGGAGCUGAGGGGAAACACGCAGAACAAUGAAUGUAAGCAGUAGAGAUUCCCCUUCCUGUUCCUUAAUAAUACUGCCAAGCUGUCAAAACAUGUUAUGCCGGUGUUAAGCCCUGCUGUAAAUAGUAAUUUAUAUAUUGGACCACCGUGGUACACUUUAAAAAUUUUCAAGAUAUAUAUAGUUUUCUAUUCAUUGUUUUUAGAUCUAUUUUGUGUUUGGAAACAUAAGUUUUGUGAUUCAUGUCAAGUAUUUCCCUCCUCCUAAGCCUUAGCUAACUGGCAAUUGAAGAUUAAUCAUUUUGAAAUAUAGUUUCCUAAGGCA